AUGUCUGAGGCAUUGACGGGUACUGGCAUCAACACACCCCUCUGGACGAUGUAUAUGAUAGACUUGCACCUGGCAGCUGCUCCCAGUUCUUCAGUUACCAGCGAUAUUCCUCGGACGUGGACGCCUUCACUCUGCAUUGAAAGACGGGUCAAACCAUUCCACUGUAACUACAAGCCAUUCCACCGUAAGUACAAGCCACACCACCCAUCCAUACACAACGUCCAACACCGUGCUCGCAGCCUCAACUUCAACACCGCAAACAUGUCUCGUCUCCAAGCCCUCGACUACCGUCGCAUACGCAACCUCACAGCCGCCCGCAAGAACCUCAACAUGGCGCGCAAGGAGGUGUACAGAGGCCUCAAGCUCCAGCAUUCACAGCUCAGCACCCGCAACGAAAAGUUCGACGAAGCGAAACGCGAUCUCGCCCAUGUCAUGGCUCGGAUCAGGACCCUGUUCCAAGACUACGACAGCAACGAUCGCGACCUUGCCAAGAAGUUGGACUGCAUCGUAGCAGACAUCACCUUCAUCAACACCAUCCAACUAUCCUGGGGAAAGCAUUUCCAGAACCAACCUGGCUAUUCGAGACCGGACACCGUUCCUGACAUUGCCCCGGUACUUGCGCCGUUUCUUGGAAGAUGGCAAGAGGCGGUUGGUUUGCAUGGGGAGUACAACCGCGCCUGGGACGAUCUGGCAACGACCGGGCAGGAUGUGGACGAGUCGGAGUUCACGAUGGAUAGCUUCAGGGAGUGUCUGAUCGCUCGGGUGGAGGGGGAGGAUUCUGAUGGAGACGCUACUGAGAGUGUGGACACUGAUGGAGAGGUUGCCCAAGGUGAGGAUAGUGAUGUUGAGGAUAUGAACCUUGAGGAUGGAGAUGAGACUGACGUCGAGGACGUCGUUGGAGGUGGUAUGGAGCUGGAUGGUGAGAUCGUGAAUGAUGAGGAUCUGGAUGGCAAUUUUGCUAGGGAAUCUCCAAAUCCAGCACCCGCUGCCAGAAGAGAGUCAUAUCCAAGCGGCGCGUACAACGUAUCAAACAGAUUCUACGCGCGCCAGGAGCAAGACACAGACUACGAUGCCGAGCAGCCCGUCCGCUGCAAAAAGGCGCCGCUCGUCAUUCACUCCAACACGAACAGUGACGAAAGCAACAGGGAGGUUCUGAUCUCGCAAUUCCGCACGUCAGCCACGACAGCCACGGCAACACAGCUCUGA